UUAUGUCUUUAAAUAAUGGUAUAUUCAUCUCAACCCAAUCUUUUUAUUAAUCCUAGCAAUAAAUCCUUGAACGAAUUUAUUAAAAAAUUGUCAAAUAGCCCAGAAAGAGAUAAUUUAAUUCAUAAUAUAUGGAAAAGACUUACAUCUCCUAGAACCAAUUACACAUAUUCCAACAGUUUGAGUUAUUCCAAUGAAUCAUUAAAUAAUAUCGAUUCAUUUGAUGAUGAUGAAUAUUUAAUUCCAAUUAUGUCAAGGCAACUAUUAAAAGGAAAUAUUAAACAAAUGUCUGAUAGGACUAGAUCUAAAAAUUUAUCCAAAUCCAUCAAAUCAAAUUUGGAUACUUCCUUAAGAGAUAAUUCAAAUGUUAAAGAGGAAUAUAUGACAAAAUCUGCUUCUUAUUAUAGCAAAAAGCAUGCCAACUUUCCAUAUGGAACACAAACAUCAAGAACUAUGCCAAAUCUUUAUGGUUUAGAUUUAUCUGAUGACGAAAAUUAUAUUGAUGAAAAUAUAAAUAGAUAUAUACCCCCACCUUCUCACCGAAACUCCAAUAACAUAAAUUAUUAUUAUAAUUAUGCCAGGAAGAUCACUUAUAGCUUAUAUAUAUUCAUCAUACAUCUCUUAUCAUAUAUUAUAAAUGCAAUCAAAUCACUAACAAGAAUUGUAGUUUACCCUGCCCAAUACUUUCUUAAUAGCAUUUCGUAUUUCAACAAUGAAGGAUAUGAGGAACAUGAACCUCUUUUAAAUGAAAGUACAGUGGAUACUAACACUCCUUCACAUUCAACAAGAAAUAGGCAAAUAUCAGUGGCAUCAGACGAAGAUACAUCAGAAGAUGUUAUUGAUAUAAUAUCUCAGAAAGGUGGCAGGAAAGGAGUUACUCGGAUGAGACAAGGUCACACCAAUGCACCAGCUUCACAUAUCUCCACCAGUCCAAGACUAAGGUCACAAGCCCUCCCUCAUAGUUAUGAUUCCUCGGCUACCAGGAAUUUGUAUUCUAUAAAUAAUGUGGGUCAUAAUGUUUACAAAAUCGGAAUGGGACUCAGGGAUUUUGCAGGCCAUACCCUACGAUCUUGUUACAAAUAUUGCAUGCGCAAUUUCGUCGGGGAAGGAGGGCAAGGUAAUGGCUACCAGCAAAUGGAUUCCUCCGAUAUGAGAAGUCGUCGCAUAACCAGACAGAGUAAUAAGCAUCACCCCACACUUUCCGCUGGGGAGGAAGUUGGCGAUUCGGAUUAUUAUACUGACCCUAUUAGGCGACGGCAUCCUGCUCAUCAACAGUCCAGGCACGGUUUGGGACAAUUGGAGACCUGGAGAAACUUAUACGCUCGCCGAAGACAUAGACACGACGGGUUAUCGCUAUGCAGCUUUCCUUGUCCUUUCCUUUUGUUUUUCUUCCUAAUUCCAUUGUUGCUAGCUUUAUUAAUGAGAAGACUAGGAUAUAGCCAAGAUUACAUGAUGACGAACUCUAGCAUCAAGGAUUAUUAUAACCCGCUGAAAAACAAAUUCGAUGAGUAUAACGAUAAGAUAUUUCAAAAUCUUCCGGCCAUCCCUGGCGUUAAAAACUUGACGCGUUAUCCUUCCCUCAUUCUGAACGACACGAGAUCCUACGUUUACGACCAGGCCAAAUGGCUCAAGCAUAAUAUGAACCCAUUCUCCUCUUCCGAUGAGCGUGUCGGCUACGAUUUGAACGAUACCAGCGAAAGAGGGAUAUUCAAAAGGGGACUCGAUUUUUUGAUAAAGGAUUUGGAUUUCGUGAAAAAUAAGCUAGAGUCACUAGAGAAAAAUUAUUUUUCCCCAUCGGCCGACUCAGAUGAGGUUAAGAAGUACGAUCCUGAUUGGUGGAAAAAAAAAAUCAGGAAAAGCAAAUCAAAUGGGGACGAGGACGAAGAGGAGGUAGACUUGAAGACCAUAAUCGAAGAAACGGUAGAUAAGGGUUUGCGAGAGAUAAGGAAAGAAAUGCUCGAUCAAAAUGGCGUUAAAUCAGCUUUCAAUAGAAAAGCUGAGGGCUAUUACGAAGGCCUAACUGGGGUGCUGGACGAUCUCAGAAACAAGUUCAAAGCCUUCAGCGAGAAAGUCGAGACCCGCGACAAAUCCCUGAUGAGUGAGCUAGACACCAUACGCGCCGGCGGAGACUCGCAGGGGCUUGUCGGUCGUGUGGAAAAACUUUCGCGAGAUUUGGAACGCGUGACGCAGCAACUCGAUAAGGCUCGAUCGAACGAUGUCGACUUGGAAAAGUUCGCCGGAAAAUGUGGAGCUGCAGACGUAAACGAGUUGCUGUCCGAGGUAAAUUUAAGCGAUAUGAGUAAGGAAACGAAAGAAGGGCUGGCCAAUUUGCUUACAGAACAUUUUGCCUCGCACUCCAAGUUAGACGAGUUGAAGGUAUCCCUUCAAUCCAAUCUAGAAAGGGUCAAUAAAGAUUUACUCGACUUAAAGAGCAAUAUGAUGAAGGAAAUCCAGGUAGGAUCUCGCAGUUCUACCAGCUCCAAAUCGGUAUCUAAGAGUCCGGAAGACGAAAAGAAAAUUCGACGUAUAGUCGAGGAAAUGUUAGACACCUACUCAGCCGAUCAACUUGCCAUGCCGGACUACGCCCUAGAGUCGGCUGGUGGUUCCGUCGUUAGCACAAGAUGUUCCGAGACGUUCGACACCCACUCAGCCCUUAUCAAGCUUCUCGGUGUGCCUAUAUGGUAUCGGUCCAAUUCUCCCCGGGUCGCCAUUCAACCCGGCACUCAACCAGGUCAAUGUUGGGCCUUCAAGGGUUCCAGCGGUUAUUUCGUUGUUCAAUUAGCUGCCAACGUUAAGCCCACUUCUUUCAGUAUAGAUCACAUUCCAAAAUCACUCUCACCCUCUGGAGAUAUAGACAGCGCCGUCAAAGAUUUCUCUGUUUGGGGAUUAAAGAAUGAAAAAGACGAAAAUGGAGUUUUAUUGGGCAGGUACAGAUACGAGAAAUCGGGCAGACCAUUACAACUCUUCUUAUCUCAAAAUCCCGACGCUGGUUACUUCAAUCACGUUGAAUUAAAAAUCGAAAGCAAUUGGGGAAAUCCCAACUAUACCUGCCUCUACAGAUUUCGCGUGCACGGGAACAUGAAAGAAUAUUAAGGGAAACGGAAUAUAAUUAUUAUGAAAAUUUUUCAAAAAUAAUCAAAAUGAUUCUACAAUUUAUCACAUCUAGUUAUUUUAACCUUUUAGCAAAUUCCAUUUAAUAUAUCUCAUCUUUUUAAUAUAUUAGCGGUAGCGAUAUAUAUAUCUAAUUUUUAAAAAUCUGUAAUACUUGAACAACCAAAUACUACAUUACUUAAUAUAAAUAAAUUAGUUUUAGGAAUUUAAUUAUUUAGAUUGUGACUGUAAAUAUAGCAAAACAUAAGAAUAGAUAAAUACACUAAAUAUACCUAUUUAUUAUAAUAUUACUA